AAAAAAUAAAAACACAAAACACUCCACGGCGAUAGACAGACAGAUAGUUUGAUGGGAAAAUGUCAGCGGUGCCUGAUGGCAAGAAGCUGGUCCGAAGCCCGAGCGGACUCCGCAUGGUACCGGAGAACGGAGCGUUCAACAGCCCUUUUUCGCUAGACGAGCCUCAGUGGGUUCCGGAUAAAGAGUGUCCCAGAUGUAUGCAGUGUGACACAAAGUUUGACUUCAUCACCAGAAAACAUCACUGUCGGCGCUGUGGCCGGUGUUUCUGUGAUAAAUGUUGCAGUAAGAAGGUGGCCUUGCCGAGGAUGUGUUUCGUGGACCCAGUGAGGCAAUGCGGGGAAUGCAGCCUCAUCUCUCAGAAGGAGGUCGAGUUCUAUGAUAAGCAGCUCAAAGUGCUCACUGCCGGUGGCACGUUCCUGGUGACAGUAGGCUCCUCGGAGAAAUCGGAGACGAUGGCAUGCCGUUUGUCAAACAACCACAGAUAUCUGUUCCUGGAUGGAGAGAGCCAUUUUGAGGUGGAGCUGUCAAGAAUCUCCUCUAUGCAAGUGCUGACAGAGGGAUCGACACCGGGAGAGAAAGAUAUUCAUACUUACACCACUCUGCUGGACAGUGAUUAUAUAUCUGAAGGUGGUCUGUCUCGUGCCACUGGCAUGCUGCUGCAGUACAAGCCCCCCGGCUCUCAGGACGCCCAGCAGCUUCGCAUGGAGGCCGCCGAUGACAAAAGGAUCGCCUCGGCCUGGCUAGCAGCCAUGCACAAGGCUGCCAAGUUGCUGUACGAGUCAAGGGACCAGUAAAAUAACUGAGAUGAAGGCCCAGUGCAAAAGAGAGAGUGAGAGUGAACAGAUAGAAGACAGCACGCAAACCUACGUGUGCAUUUUAUGUUAAAGUCUCACAUGUAUUCUGAGCUGCCUACAUGCUUUCUAUUGGAAUUCUCUGCUUUCUGCUCCCUGUUUAGAUGGACUGGAUUGGUCGCAUAACCUGUCCAUCUCUCCAAAAGGGAGGACCAAGUUAAUCACUGAUCCUAGUGCAAUAUAUAUACAUGCACAUAUUCUGCAGUUAAUAUGAUCAAGUGUAUUCUGGCAAAGUGAAUUUCUUUUCUAAAACAAAAAAAAAACAACCAAAAAAAAACCUGUCAGAUAUUCCUAUUUUAACACAUAAAUGCUGUGUAUCUACUUUUUACUGCCGAUAUAUUCACAAAAGUUUUGUAACUCUUUGUACAUUUUUUUGCCCCUUACACUACAAUAAGCAGUUAAUGUGAAUGUCAGAUCAGUUGCAUAAGUGAAAAGAAUCCUCUUUUUAAUUGAGCUGCAGUUGUGCUGUGACUGACUCAACCAAGUAUCCAUUUCUCUUUUCUCCAUUAUGCAACACUGAAGUUCAGUUAGAGAUGGCACAUUACCACUUUUCCUUUGACCGAUACCUGAUACCUAUCGUAAGCUUUAAAAUGAGCUAUUUUUAAAUGAAGCACUUCACUUAAAAGUAGGCUAUUCACUUAAAGGGCCCGUGUCACGCAAAAACAUAGCUUCCUCACUUUUCUAAAAUAACAGAGUUUGAUAUAAUGCAUAAACAUUGCUAAAGUUCAUUCACCAGUCCAUACAUGGAAACCAAGCUGUUAAACAGCCUGUUUUGAAUUUCUCAUUUCUGUGAUGUCACAAAAAUGAAUAAAUUUACUUAUCAUCCUUUUAGCCUACAGAAGUUUUGCCCUGCCCAGUAAUGCUGAAGUUAUAAACAUUGCUUUAGCCUGGCCACUAUGCCCUUUAUCACCCAGUGAAGUGUUUCAGCUGAUAUUUGUUACAGGAUUGAAACACAUUUAUUCUUUCUUCCCUCUGGUGGCUGAUCCAGAUUUUCUGCUGACGUCAGCAUAAUACCAAUACCUGAUAUCAGAUCAGUGUCAUCUCUACUUGUAAUAUAUACAUUUCAGAAGUUUGGAAUCAAUGUUUUCCGAUAAUUUCUUUGCACAUGUAUGAUAUCAUAGUACUAUGUUAGUCGUCUGCAGUUUCUCAGCUUUCUUAUAUUUAUUGAGACACUAAGAAGCAGAAAAUGAACGUGCAGAAAUGUUAGAAGUGACCGGGAUGAGGAGAGAUUAUUCUAAAAUGAUUGUGAAAGCAUUGAGGAAGUUGUGAUAAAGUUGAAAUUCAUUCAUAUUUCAGAAGUGGAGAUCAAACCUCAGGGCAAAUUAUUUAUGAUUGAAUAACUUCAAAUUCACAAAAUUCUUAAUGAUCCAAUAAUUUCAGAAAUCAGAUUUUGUCAGUAAUGGGAUCAACACGUUUAUAUGCACUUGAGUAAUCAGAUAAUGAGGAAACUCCAGGUCUACGCGAGUCAGACAGUAAUCUGAUUUCUGCUUUGCAAACAGACAACAAACUCACAGACGAAGACGUGACGUAAACUCAAUCUUUGGGCUGCAGCUUUCGAAACAAAAAACAAAAUUGCGCCACUUUACCUCAACAUAUAAACAAACAUCUAGAAGAUGAAGAUCUAGAUUUGCACUCAGUUUUCACACAUGCACGGCUGAGAAAUCUGGAAGAAAUCAGAGUAAGAGAAAUCUGAGGAAUCUGAUUGCUGAGCUAAAAUCCAGCCUCUUUAUCAGUUUUCUUGAUCAGAGUAUGGUUAUUGAGUGCAGGCACACAUACUCUUUGUCCAAAAAGUUCUGUGUUGUGGUAUUUAAAAUAAAUAGUAAAUAUGACAGAUGAUUCCAAACUUUUGAACGGUGGUGUAUAUUAGUUAUAAUAGAUCUUUGUUCUCUUAUUCUGCAGUUUCUGUUGCACAGAGUGCUGGACUUGGGAGCAAACCCCCCCCCCCCCCCCCCCACCAAAGUUAAGCAAGUAACUUUCUAAACACAUUCUGAAAACAUGAUUUUGGUUCAGUGGGCUAAAGUUUGUGGACGUUUUAGCUGGCCAGGCCUUAUCGUUAUAGAGUAGUGUUCUGACAGUUGCUCGUGCUGCAUUGUGAAAUUUCCACACAAGGCUUCCUUGUGAGUCCACGGUCAGUAUUUCAGAGGAAACUCUGAGUCAAUUCCGUUUUCUUCCCUGAGAAAAACUGUCCUCCAGCAAUUUUUGUACCUGUUUACACAUGUAUGUACGUGCAUGUUAUUUUUUUUGACAGUAUCUUCUAAAGCUGAUUAAAUCAGUUCUUUGUACCCUGUA